AUGCUAGUUGAACCGAGAUCAGCCACUGAAGCGCCGGCACCAGAUGGAGGAUUUGUUGCCUGGGUGCAAUGCGCAAGCUCAUUUUCUCUAUUCUUCCUGUCUUGGGGUCUCCUGAGCCCAUUUGGUUUUUUUCAAGCAUACUACGAGACUGACUAUCCUUCAUGGACUCCGUCUCAGAUCUCUUGGAUUGGGUCUAUUCAAGCAUUUUUUCUCUUCGGAUUCUCCAUAGUUGCUGGUCCAGUCUUCGACCAUGGAUAUUUGAGGUCUCUUGUUUCGAUAGGAUGCUUUUUGUGCGUGCUAGCAAUGAUGUUGAGCAGUAUAAGCUCUGAAUAUUGGCAUUUCAUACUGGCUCAAGGAGUCAUGUUCGGCAUAGGCAGUGGUUGUUUAUUUAUCCCCAGCAUUGCUGUGCUUCCAGCUUAUUUUGACAAGAAACAAGCAUUGGCGUUGGGAGUUGCAGCUUCUGGUAGUGCUAUAGGAGGUGUUGUUUUUCCGAUAAUGCUCAACCAGUUGCAACCAAAAAUUGGUUUUGGGUGGUCGAUCCGCGUCAUUGGUUUUAUCAUUCUUUUGGCCGCUACAAUUCCUGUACUCGGAAUGCGUGUGCGGACUCCUCCGUCUGCAAUCAGAAAGAUAUUCGAUACGAAAGCCUGGAAAGAACCGCCGUUCUUGGUUACUAUGGGAAGUGACCUUGUUCCUUAUCUUCUCCCUUUACUCAACGUCGGAUCUUUCUUUGGACGCAUCAUCCCAACCCACUUCGCCGACAUCUAUGGUCCAUUUAAUAUCGACAUAAUCUGUGUUCUCCUAAGUGGAAUCUUAGCUUUCACCUGGAUAAAUAUUCAUACCACUGCUAGCAUAAUUUUAUUCACUGUAUCGCAUGGCUUCUUUUCCGGCGGUUUGACAUCGAUAUCUCCAAAUCUCGGUGUUGCACUAUCUCCAGAUACGGGCGUUUUGGGUGUCCGCUUAGGGAUUCUCUUAAUGCCGAUAUCUGUAGGCAUAUUGGUCGGAAAUCCAAUUGCAGGCGCUCUGAAAUCUUAUGGGUGA